GUCUGAUGCAACGAGACGGUCGGUCGUGUGUCAAAUUGUUGUUUAAACGCGAGUAUAUAAUUUAAAGACGACGUGAAAAAUCAGACAAAAAAAUGAACCGUCAUCCCAAUACCGAUUACAAAAAUCGUCACGAGCCGCAAGUGGAAUUAGAAAGUCAAUUUAUUUUGCGAUUACCACCGGAACCGUCCAAAGGUUUGAGAGAAGCGUUACGUACCGGUGCGCCUUUAAAAGACAGACUUACUAUAAAAUUAGAAAAUGACAUGCGUUACGGCGAAGUCAGAUUCGACCACUGGUUACUUCACGCCAAGGUUGUGGAUUUGCCGACAAUAGUGGAGUCCUUGAAGACUAUUGACACCAAGAGUUUUUACAAAACAGCUGAUAUAUGUCAGAUGUUGAUAUGCAAGGAAGAAGACGAUCAUGCUGGAACGGACGAGGAGUCUCCUGUUAAGCAGAAAAAGAAGGAUCCAAACAAAGUUGAUAAAAAAUUUCUCUGGCCUCACGGUGUAACGCCACCUGCCAAAAACGUAAGACGCAGGAGAUUUAGAAAAACUUUGAAGAAGAAAUACGUGGAAGCGCCUGAGAUAGAAAAAGAAGUCAAACGUUUGUUGCAAGUGGAUAACGAUGCUGUUAACGUUAAGUGGGAAGUGAUAUGCGAGGAUGAAGACCAAACGAAACCAAGUAAAGUAUCGUCAUCUGGCACAGUCAAAACUAAACGGGAAAAUAUCAAUGUUGCUGAACAUGAUAUAUUUGGCGAGGCUGUGAGCGACAGUGAAGACGAAGAUGAAGAGGGGAACAUAAAUGUGAUGGAACUGGACGAGAAUAGUCGUCUUUCUGCGGACAGCAGAGUCUCAGAUUCAAAUUCCAUGCAAGCCGCGUAUUCCGAACGAUCCAACAACACCACAACGGCCAACAACGGAUUGGUUACCGAGUUCAGUAAAGACAUGUUUCAAAACAGCAACAACGGCGACAUGGAAACGGAUAAACAACAGAACGAGGCUGGUUCGGCGAAAGACGCGAAACUGGAACAGUUUCACUCCGAGUACAUUAUUACAGAUAAUUAUUCGGAAUCACCGCCAGUGUCCACAUCCAAAGAAGCGCGUCUCACCGCUCUUCACGCCGAAUUGGCGGAACUGCGACAAAGAAGGCAGCAACAAGAGAUCGAAAUAGUUAAUAUUGAAAACGUCAAGCUGAAACAGAGAUUCCAGGAGAUUCUAGAUAAUUUACUGACUAAAGAAAUGCAGAAAGUACAAGAGAUACAAGAUUUAGAACUGGAAUAGAAAAGAAAAAUUGUAAUUAAAAGAUUUCUUAUAUAUUUUAUACGAACGCGAUGACGCACAUCCACCACAAUAUUCCAUCCUUUACAAUUAAAUCCUACAGUCAGUUCGUUA